GGGCACUGCGGGCCGUGUCUGACCUGUGUGACCAUAUGGAGGAGAUGAAGGAGCUGCAGGAAAACCAUGAACAGCUGCAGAGAGUCCAGAAACUGCUGAAGGGGCGGAGGGUCCAGGUUCUGGAGCCAGGGAGGCGCUAUAUCCGAGAGGGUUGGUUGUCUCUUGUCCCUCCCAGCGGAGAAGACGUGAAGCCCCGCAUGCUCUUCCUCUUCUCUGACAUCCUCCUGGUCUCUGUCCCCUGUCACCUGCUGCACCCCUUUAAUGGUGACAAGUUCUGCUGUCGGGCCAUCUACCCCCUGAGGGAGUGCCAAGUGGAGAAAGUGCUGGGACACACACAGAGCCAAGGAGGUCUCAUCAGUUUGUCGUUCAGAAGAGAAAAACUUCUGUUCAUGUCGACCAAUCAGCAGGAUCUGAACGGCUGGUAUGAGGGACUGGUGAGGACCCUCAGGACCUUCCACAAAGAGAACAUCAAACCCAUCAGGACUGAAGCGUCACAGGGACACCAGCGAGUAAUGACUGAGUUACAGAAUUCUCAAGCUGCAAGAGCACCAAAGAGACCCCAUGUGGACCCCCCAGUGAAUAUUCUGAGCCCCUCACAAGAAGAUCCAUUGUGUAAGCGGCAGAAGACGGAGCGAUCUGAAAAAGAAAACUCGCAGCCCGAAGUGUCUGAAGGAUCAGGAUGGAAGUGUGUGAUCCUAUGAGGGGCCCUGAGUAUGAGUGGGAGUGAUCCUCUAACAUUACCUCAUACAUUGUGACCAAGUCUUAUGUUGGGGUGGGCGAGCAGUCCAUGUGUUCUGGACGGUGCAGUAUGGACAUUUUAAGACAUAAAAGCUGCAUCUGCUGUUACAUCUCUACAAUAAUCUCAAUAAAGAUUGUUAGAUCUUCA